AUGGGCUCUGUUGAUAUGGCAGAAGAUAAGCCUGCCCUACCCGAUUUUGAACAACUCCCUGGAUUGUACGGUUGGCCACGGGAAAACUCUAAUGGUUACCAAAUCAAAGAGCAGCCAUGUGGAACCGAGCGGCCGCUUCGUGUCUUAUCCUUAGGAGCCGGUGUCUCGGGUAUCAACCUGGCUAGAUUUCUCCCAGAAACAGUGAACAACCUCAGCCUUACUAUCUUUGAAAAGAACCCCGAAGUAGGCGGGACAUGGCUGGAAAAUAAGUAUCCCGGUGUUGCGUGCGACGUGCCUUCCAACAACUAUCAGUUUACGUGGGCACGAAAGCCAGAAUGGAGGCAUUUCUAUUCCUACGGAGAGGAUAUCUUGCAGUAUCUCAUCGAUGUUGUCGAUAGAUUCGACCUACGCAAAUAUUUCAAGUUUGAACAUGAAGUGGUCUACGCGUGCUGGGCUGAGGACAAGGGUGUCUGGCAAAUCAGCGUCAAGAACCUGAGAACAGGAAUGAUCUCUGUGGAGGAGGCUGAAGUGUUUAUCAACAAUGGGGGCUUUUUGAAGUACGUCAUUCCGCAUGCUGACCCCCGAAUGGCAGGAGCCAAUAUUAAACGAGAGACCAGUUCCUGGAGGUGGCCGGACAUCGACGGCCUACAUGACUUCAAAGGCGUUCUUACGCAUUCAGCGCAAUACGACACCUCUAUUGAUUACAGGGGAAAGAAAGUCGCCGUCAUUGGGUCGGGCAGUAGUGGGGUGCAGAUUACACCGAAUAUCGCCCCGGACGUGGAAAAGCUCUAUACAUGGAUCCGGUCUCCUACAUGGGUGACAGCCGGUUUCGCGCAACAGUAUGCCGGGCCGAACGGGUCCAACUUUGAAUAUUCGGAAGAGCAAAAGAAACGGUGGCGCCAAAACCCACUGGAGCUGCAGCGGUACAGCAAGAAUAUCGAAGACGAGUUGAAUUUGCGCUUCAGAUUCAUUCUCAAUGGGACACCGGAAGCCAGCCAGGCCAGGCGUUUUGCAACUAAGCAGAUGAGGGAAAAGCUCGGGGACCGAUCCGACAUUGCGGACAAGAUUAUUCCUACGGAUUUUGGUGUCGGUUGCAGACGCCCUACUCCCGGAAAUGGAUUCCUCGAGUCUCUUACCCGUGAAAAUGUCCAUGUUUUCACCCAGAUGAUGAAGAAGAUCACCCCGGAAGGAUUCAUCGACCAUGAAGGCAAGGAACACAAGGUUGACAUCAUCAUUUGUGCGACUGGGUUCGAUACGUCCUUCAUCCCUCGCUUCCCAAUUGUGGCGCAUGGAAGUAACCUGCAAGAUGUGUUUCGAGAGAGACUGAUAUCCUACCUCUCCAUCGCCAUCCCAGCAUUUCCAAACUACUUCACCAUCGCGGGACCCUACGGCCCAUUCGGCCACGGCUCCUACAUGCCCGUGAGCGAGCUGCUGGUCAAAAACAUUACCACUAUCGUCAAGAAGAUGCAAAAAGAGAACAUCAAAGCCGUCACUCCGCGCUCAGAUGUAUGCGAAAAGUUUGCAGAGCACGCAGAUCUAUACAUCCAGCGCACGGCAUGGAGUGGCCCCUGUUCCAGUUGGUUCAAGAACGGGAACAAGAAUGGCCGGCUAGCCAUGUGGCCCGGCUCCCGGUUGCUCUAUUUUGAUGUCAUGAAAGAGCCCCGGUUUGAAGAUUAUCAUAUUGACUAUUGGAGUGGCAAUCCGUUUGAGUUCCUGGGGAAUGGAUUUUCGGCGGUCGAGUUCUCUGGCGGGGAUAUCUCUUAUUAUCUGGGCACUGAUGAAAAUCCUGGAGGUCUCCUCCCCGAAGGGCUUUCGAAUGGCAGGGUUUGA